UAUUCGCUUGGGUUAGUCGGUUUGCGAUAGUCGAGGGAGAAGCCAGCUCGCCAUGGAGCCCACGUGCAGCAGCAGUGUGGCGGAACUGGCCAAAUACAGCGAGGAUAAUGUGGAAACGGAUGAGUCUAAGGUGGUGGAGCAUCAGGAAUACGCCGAAGCGCUGUCAAUGUCCGGGGAAAGUCGGAAGCGGAAACGAUGGACUCGAAGGUCCUGCUGCACUCGCCAAGUCCUGAGUACGGGUGCCAUUUUCAUCGCCCUGCUGCUCAUCAUCGGCGCCAUUUACAUGCACUUAAGACAGAAGCAUCAUCUGGGCCGACUGCACAUCAAUCUCAAGGAUCGGGGGCAAGUGGAGGUCCUGGAGGAGGACUUUCCCAUGGUCACCGUUGCCGGAGUGGAUGCUCAGACCCCGACGAUAACAAAAUUCCAGCCGCCUCCGACAUCCUCCCCAGUGCCCAGUGCCAAGUGCCUGGCCUGCAUGGCCACCACUGCCACGGAUAAUAUUCCGGCAAUCUGCAGGAACCGAGGACGACCGGAGGAGCCGUGCGGCAUUUAUCGCAUCUCCCACGUCUACUGGCAGGACGCACUGCGGAUAAUUGACCCGGACGACUCACUCGCCCAGGACUACGGAAGAUGCGUGGUGGAUGUCCAGUGCGCCGAGCGCAUUGUGCGUAGCUAUGUGCAGCGAUAUGGAGGCGAGGAUUGCAAUGGAGACGGACGGAUCGAGUGUCGGGAUCAUGUGAGGCUGCACAUGAGAGGACCGGGCGGCUGCCACAGGCAGGAGCCACUGGGGAGCCUGUCUGAGAGGAGAUUGGAAAACUGCUUGAAAUACAGGGGGAUUACUUAGAACCGA